GUAAUGAACCCAACAUGCCACUAGAGGGGGCUGAUCUGUCAUUAGAUUACCGGAAGUAGCAUCUUUGUUUACAUCCCGACUCCGCCAGACUGAGUGUGAACCAGAGACAUGAACGUGUCCGUGGACAGAAUCAUGCAGUCCACGGACAGGACUCGUGCUGUGGAUUUGAGUCACGGUCUGGAGGAUGUUCCUGUUCUGAUUAACUGCAGCGCAGGCGUACGGACGCUUCCUGAAUUCCAGUAUUCCCCAGAUAACGUUGAGGGACCUGGAUGCAAAGCUGACCCCAGUGAAGUCACCCUCCCUGGAUGCUCCUGUCGUUCCCUCUCCUGCUGCGCUGAGAGCUGCUCCUGCCUGAAGGUUCACGGGCAGGCAUAUGACGGCACCGGCACACUACUGGAUCUUAGCCGAACAGACUCUGGUUACUGCUCACCUGUGUUUGAGUGUAAUACCCUUUGCUCCUGCGGCGACACCUGCUUUAACCGUGUUGUUCAGAGAGGACUCCGACUCAGGCUGGAGGUUUACAGCACCGGGAACAGGGGCUGGGGUGUACGGACAUUAGAAUCAAUCCCACACGGCAUGUUUGUGUGUGAGUAUGCAGGGGAGGUCAUCAGUUUUGGGGAGGCCAGACGCAGACAGCUCACCCAGAGAUCUGAAGAAAACAAUUACAUCAUCGCUGUGAGGGAGCAUGCAGGUACUGGCUCCGUAAUGGAGACAUUUGUGGACCCAGCUGUCGUGGGGAGUGUAGGCCGCUUUCUGAAUCAUUCCUGCGAGCCCAACCUGCUCAUGCUGCCGGUCCGUGUGCAUUCUGUAGUCCCCAGACUGGCGAUGUUUGCUGGACGGGACAUUGAGGCACACGAGGAGCUGACGUUUGACUACUCAGGAGGAUACAGUAACCAAACACCUGUAGAGGUGCUGUCCACACAGAGGGACACUGACGUGCAGGCCAAUAAGACAGAGGAACUUCAGAGGAAAGCGUGUCUCUGUGGCGCUAACAAGUGUGUAGUGUUCCUUCCACUGGAUUUAUCUAUUCUCAAAUAAUGCAAAAUUUGUUUUACAUCUGUUUUGUUUCCUGUUUAGUCGCUCAGCGUUAACACUCUUUCCCACUCAGUGUAAAAUUAUAAAAUUAAAAUUAAAUUCGAAGAAGUUUUAUUUUUCCUUGUGAGUAACCUCGUUUACAUUUCCAUCUAUUUUUACACAUGUGAAAUCGUUUUCAUCUAUCAGGGCCCCUGCUCAGUAUAGGACCUGUGUCUCUGGAUUCACAGUCUUGUAUCUUGUCCUCGCGAUCAACGCCUCAUUUCACACUAUAUGAAUCUUGAAGGAGCUGAAGAAUCAUUUGUCUAAUAGGUUUAUUUUAAUAACAACACAGGCUACAGAAUUGAUCUUUACACCGCUUGUAACAGAAGAGAUUAUGCCUACGUCAUUCCACAAAGUAAAAUUCCUAUGCAAAGUUACAACUAUCAUGCGUCUCCAUCACUUUGACAUUUCUGUGUUCAUGUGACGCGGCCUCCACAUGUAGAUAUUCUCAGCUUCCCCUCGCACUCCAGCCUCUAGAGGGAUGGGACCAAUUAAAAAGGGCCAGGGGGUGUUUUUAUAUAGAAGCAGGCUGUAUUCCCCUGUCAAAGGAGGGGUGAAGGUGUCCCACUUUAGUGUGACCAUUCCGAUAUCAGAACCACCUCCUCUCAAUCAGCCCCAUUUCUAGUCUAGACCUCCUUUCUUUCUAUUAAUAUCUACAUCUGGGUUAAUUAGGAUGGAGACCGUGUUUCACCCAGAAUUGGGAUCAAUGCUCGAUCCACAUUGGGGCAGAGAGAGAUGAAGAUAUGUCGUUGGGCAGAUGGAAGUCGUCUGCCGAGUAGAGACUGCUGACAAGUUGAUUGGUUGUUUGUGUGGCCCAGUGGAGAAGCCAAUGGCACAGAGUGUUGACCUGUAUAUUUUCCUUUGUGAGGGUUACAAUGAAUUCGCUCUGUACACAUUGGGUUUUUCUUUGCACCUGAUUUGGUUCACAUCCAGGGAUUAGAAACCAAAACAGUUUGGCAGUUUUGGGAGUUAGAUAAAUAGUUACAUGAGAGGGUCAAUAUCACUCUCAUGUCUGUACACCAAACAUGAAGCUACAUGAAAACUUGGGGAAAGUAUGUAGUGUGGGUCAGGGAAGAGCCAGUAUGUUCAAUUGCUUAAUUUCAAUUUUUUUGCACUUACAUUAAGAUUGCCAGAUAGGGCAUUUUCAAUAUUUACAUAAAAUGUUAAUAUAUAUAUAUAUAUAUAAAGAUUUUCUCAUCAAUCUUGAUCCAAUUUUUUAUGGAUCCAAAUAAAAAUCAUUUAAAUGUGGUUUUAUCGGGUGUAGGGUUUUUUCAGCUGCUGUAUGGUAAAUAGAGACCUGGAAGUAUUUCCAACAUGUAGCUGAGAAACAUAAUGUGGCCUUUACUAUAAGGCUUAGUUUAAUUUUUGGAGACUAUUGGUUCUUGGGAGGGAUACACCAUCUACUGAAUGAGAGCGUAUGUAUCUAUUCCUAUUCAAAAGAAAGUCUGCAAAAUAUAAACAUGAUGCAGUUUUAUGAGAGGUUGUGCUUCAUUUGUUCCCAGUCUGGAGUGGUUGAGUUGAAAUGACAUAGUUAUGAAAAGUCAUCUGUAAAAGAUGACGUGUUUAUUCUUUAAAAAAGUUUAACGAAACCUAGCUUACUGUUUCCCUCUUUUCCCACUUUUUAUGCUAAGCUAGGAUAACCCGCCUUUUAGCAGUAGCUUCCUAUUUAAGACAUCAAUAGAUUAUCAUAAUAUACUUUACAGCUAUGUGGAGGAAUGUGGUUGGAUAUUAUCUGUGUCUUUGGCUUUGGAGAAAAGUAGAGCACAGAUUGUGGAGGAUUUCUGAACACUCAGCUAAAUCCUGUCUGCUAUUUUACAACCGCAAACGCUACGUUGAAUUUAAACCCGAUGUCACAAGUAAUUGUUUAUGUGAGGCUCUUUGUUGUGCUGUUUUUGCGUACCAUGCUGUGAACGGAUCCGGUCCGGUCUACAUCCAGGACAUGGUCAAACGUUACACCCCACCCCGUUCACUCCGCUCUGCUUCGGCCAAUCAGCUCGUUGCUCCCUCACUGCGAGCUAAACACUCAUCAAAAACACGACUGUUUUCCGUCCUGGCUCCUAAAUGGUGGAAUGAGCUCCCCAUUGACAUCCGGACAUCAGAAAGUCUACACAUCUUCCGCCGAAAACUAAAAACAUACCUCUUCCGACUUUACCUUGAAUAAAAAAAACAAAAAAAAACAAACACUAACAACUUUUUGAAACUAACACUUUAGUAGCACUUUAAUGGCACUUACUUAUAGCACUUUGUAGUUUUGCUUUAUUUGAAGAAAUUGUACUUUCUUGAUUCUUGUCGUCCUUGGUAUGUACCCUCGGGUUUGAAUGCACUUAUUGUAAGUCGCUUUGGAUAAAAGCGUCAGCUAAAUGAAAUGUAAUGUAAUGUAAUGUAAUGUAAUAAAUCAUAGUUCCAUAACAAACAAUCUAUAAAGACAUCAGUGUGUCUUCAAACCUCAUGACGCGUUUCACAUGUCCGCUGAAUCAGAUGGCAAAUCAGGAGGAAACUCUGACUGCAUUGGGAAGCUCAGAAAGUUCAGGGCUGUUAUCAAAUCCUGACUGUUGAAGAGCUGGGCGGCCAAUGCAUGGCUCCGUUCCAGGAUGGUCACCUAGCAACUACUAUCUAAUUACAUCAGGUGAACUUCCCCUCCAGAAGGAGUCUGAUAUGUCAUCUCAUGAUUGUAUUUUGAGAGUGGUAACAGAGAGUGGCACCCCACUAAACUAAACAUUUUUUUUUUAAAUAAAAUUGUUUUAGAAUACAUUGA